UUGUAGCAUAUGAUUACCAUACUACCUUCUUUAUCACAUAUCAAAAUAACAUUUACAAUAUAUCAGAAUGGCUAAAGAGAAUGCUGGGCUUGGACCCUUUGGCACUUUGGGAUUGAAGAAGCCUAUUUGUUUGACACUACAGAAGAGGUUACGAUAUGACCAGCCUUCCGCCAUCCAGCGUAAGACCAUUCCACAUAUUCUGGCUGGAUCGGAUGUUUUAUGCAUAGCUCGAACUGGCUCAGGGAAGACUGUUGCUUAUAUAGCUCCAAUUGUCCAACUUCUUGACUUUCACUCCCCAGUUGUUGGUGUACGGUGUUUGAUUUUGCUUCCCACUAGGGAGCUGGCACUUCAGGUUGAAGGAGUCUUAAAGAAAUUUGUAAAUUUUUCCAACCAGGAUGAUGCUCUAAGAGUUUCUCUCUUGAUCGGUGGCAAGUCCGUGGAGAGCCAGUUUGGGUCACUAAGCUUUAACCCUGAUAUAGUAAUAGCAACACCGGGCCGCCUGGUUUAUCACCUGGAACAGAAGAGUUUGACUCUUUCACUUCUAACACAUUUGGUAAUUGAUGAGGCCGAUAAGCUAUUUGAAAUGGGAUUCCUUCCAGAUGUUUAUAAAGUAUUUGCAUACUUGCCAAAGAUAAAACAGGUAAUUUUAGUGUCGGCCACUCUUCCAACUCAGUUGAGUGAAUUCGUGUCUUUUGGACUCAAUGAACCCGUUCUCGCUAAGCUCGACCAAGAUCAACACAUUAAUGAACAAUUGCAAAUGAGUUUUAUAUUCUCAAGGAAUGAAGAGAAGAUAUCGGUGUUGCUAAGAUUGUUAGCCAAGCAUAAGGAUUUGAAGACCAUAGUAUUUGUCGCUACCCGUCAUCACGUUGAGUUUUUUAGAACCUUGUUACUUAAACUGGGAUACUCAAUAUCAUGUGUAUACGGGACCAUGGAUAUGGAUAACAGAGUUAUUGAGAUGAGUCGCUUCAGAAGCAACAAAACCAGAAUUCUGCUGGUCACUGACGUUGCGAGCCGUGGCCUCGACAUUCCCCUAGUUGACCUGGUGAUCAACUUUGACUUCCCAUAUUCAACCAAACUCUUCAUUCACAGAGUUGGUAGAACAGCAAGGGCAGGUAGACAGGGACUGGCAGUCUCAAUUGUAACCAAUAAAGAUUUCUCUUUCCUACUCCAAAUUUUAUACAAACUCAACAAAACAUUAUUACUUCCCAUCAGUAAUGCUAGUAAUACUGGUAAUAAUAGUGAUUCUAGUGCUAAUACUAUGGCUGAUGGUGUUAAUACUCAUACUCACAAUACCAAUAAUAUCAGUGGGGAAGUGAUCAUAAUAAAGAAUGAUAAAUUGUUUAAUGAAGCGUUUGUUGGAGAAUUGGAUAAUAAUUACUGUGUUAUAGGCAGCUGUCAUGAUUUGAAUCACUUGAUUGAGACUGUGAAUAAUAAGAUAUCUGAGGAUCCUGAAUUAUCUGCGCAGUUCAGGAGCAUGCAAAACUCAUACAACCUCUACUACAAAACAAGGCCUAGCCCUACCCAUAACUUCAUUCAACACUCAAAUCAGUUCUUUCAACUCUACUCUUCACAAUUCCUCUUGCAUCUUUUCCACCCAAAUUAUCUUCAAACAACCAAUCACACUAACACUACCAAGAUAGUUGAUAGUGAGAACACUGACAAUACCGUGGGUAAUGUGGACAAUGGGAAGGAAGAGUAUUUGCAAUAUUUGUCAAAUUAUAAACCUGAUGAGAAAAUCGUCCAAAAUAACAUUUCACUAGAUUCAAUCAAUUAUAUGAAAAAUUUUAAACUGUACAAUAUCUCUAGUACGCCCAACACUAAUAACACACAAAACAUUGUUGAUGGUAAAAAUGACACAACUAGUGUUGAAAAUAGUAAAUUUAAUAUUACAAGUACCACAAUUAACGGUGAAAAUGCUAUGAAUAUAAAGGAAAAAGAUGAGAGAUUGGUGAAGGAUGAUGAUAAGAAUGAGAUAUAUGAAGAGAGUAUGGUCCUUGAUAUGGUUCCUGACAACGAAGAUUUAAUAAAGAAGAAACGCUACAUGACCAAGGAAGUCUGGAACCGACGCACUAAAAAGUUCCAGCAUGUAACGGUAGAUUUGUAUAAUAAUAAUAAGAUCAUUUCAAAGCCGACCAAGGGUACUAAGGAUAAUCACGGUGGUAGUAGUGGCAAGGAUAAGAAUUUGUUUAAAAAAUGGAUAAAGAAGACCUCAAGAAGAAUACAACAUGUUGGUGAGGUUGAAAAUCCAAGUAUUAGUGGUUUUGGUGCUGAUAGAACUCCAACCAAGAACUCUCUUAGCUGUGACCCAGACCUGGAUGAACUGAAAACCAUGUUCCCAAAACACAAAGAUAUUAUUGACGCUUAUGAAUCCAACGAACAGUUAACACAUAAACAAAUCAGAAUAUUAAACAAGUUAUCAAACUACGCCACCACAACUGAUAGUCCUAGUAAGAGUAGGAAUAAAGGUAAAAGUAAGACCAAGAAGAAGAAAACAAGUAAAAAGGAAUAUAUUAAGAAGAGAACGGCAAAAAUUUUGAAAAGAGGAGCUCCAAACAGAUCAAAACUAAUUGUACACAAAAAAUAUUAA